AUGGUUCCCCCAGACUGGUGCCGGACCGGGUUAAUAUCACCGCAGUAGCUCUUGUCGUCCGAUUGCGGCGAUAUCGUUGUUUUUAAUCGCGUUUGGUGUGUGUUCCAUAGACCAUAGUGUGUUAUCGUGCGACAAUAAUUGAUAUUAUAUAUUUUCGUUCUUUCGUUUUUCCGUUGGUUCGCGUCUGAUCAAAAAUCGCCGUCAAUCGAGCGAACGAGUUCGCUUCGAGUUGCGUCCACAGACGAGCUGCGUCUUAUCUGACGGCCAGUGUCUGCUACAAGUUAAGAGACUCCCGCGACGACCGGAUACCCACCAACGCCGCCAAACUGAACACGCGUGUCUGAUCGCCAUAUUGGUGUUCGUGUGAUUUCAGAAGAAACCGGUCGUCGUCGUCAGCGGUUUAUGAUCGUGAUGUGGACGUCGUCCCGGAUCGGUCGCCAAGUGGCCUCUGCGUUCGUAUGCAGCCGUCACCCGCAGCUGCUUCACCGGCAGCACCAGUACCAGCACCAACUCCAACACCAACAGCAUCACCAACAGCAUCACCAACGGUAUUUCUCGACGGCAAACGAAGCGGUGGCCACACCGUUGCGUUGCACCAAGAAAAAAUCUGACCGGGCGCCGCCCAAGCACCUGGUGGACGUGAAGGCGGUUCGUGCGGCCGGUGGUCGUGGCGGUGACGGGCGCGUGUCGUUCAUGAAGCUUUUUGGCAACGAGAACGCAGGCCCGGACGGCGGCGACGGAGGUAACGGUGGUCAUGUGGUGUUCCGCGCCGCCGAGAACGUGACCGGGCUAGGGCACGUAGCCGUUGAGCUUAGGGCGCCUGCCGGCGAGCGGGGCUACAACAAGGACUGCCAUGGCAAGUGCGCUAGUCACGAGUACGUGGACGUACCGGUAGGCACUGUGAUCAAGGAUGGCGACGGCCGCGUGGUUGGCGACUUGAGCCGGCCGGGCGUCAUGUUCGUGGCAGCCAGGGGCGGGGCGGGUGGCCACGGGAACCGUUAUUUCGCCACGGACACAGAGCAAGCCCCCGAGGUGGCAGAAUUGGGUGGCGCGGGGGAGGUACUCCAGUACACGUUGGAACUAAGCAGCAUCGCCGACUUCGGGUUGUUAGGCUUCCCUAACGCCGGCAAGAGCACGCUGCUCCGAGCUAUCACCCGGGCCCGACCCAAGGUCGCACCGUACCCGUUUACCACCCUCCAGCCGCACUUGGGCGUGGUCCGGUACGACGACCAGGAGUCUGUGGCCGUGGCCGACCUGCCGGGGCUCAUCGAGGACUCGCAUCGGGACCGCGGCCUGGGCGUGUCCUUCCUGCGGCACGUGCAGCGGUGCACCGCUCUGUUACUAGUCGUGGACCUGUCCGCGCCCGAACCAUGGACGUACGUGGACGUGCUCAGGCACGAGGUCCGGUGUUUCUCUGCCACGGUGCUCGACCGGCCGCAGCUGAUCGUCGCCAACAAGGUGGACGUGGACGGUGCUCGAGACAACCUGGCCGAGCUCAGGCGCCGGUUGCCCGACGACGAGAUCAUCGAGAUAUCCGCCAAGCACGGUGUCAACUUGGAGCGUCUGCUUAAGCACAUGAAGCGAGUGUACGACCAACGGCGCAAAUCUGUAGAAUCGGAAGCUGAUGCAGCUGACUUUGAUUAGGCUGAAGUACUGAAACGAUGGUAGAUCAUCUCGUCGUAUUGUCGUAUUAUUAUCGUACCUUAUAUAGGUCGUUAUCUAAAAUAUGAUUUUUGUGUUCCAUACAUUUGUGUUUUAUAUUCAAAAAUGUAUACUAAAUAAUAAUAAAAUAAUGACUAUGCCUUUAUACUCAUACUUAGAAA